AUGAAGUAUAACCUUGAGCAGGGCGCCACCGUGCUCAAGAACCACGUGGCGGAGAUGACGCCGCAGUACGCCAACCACGAGAUCGCCAUCCGGGAAAUCUGCUCCGGCAUCGGGGCCCUCGGGAAAGCCUUCCACC